AUGCUCCUGUCCCUGUACAAACUGAGGGGCAUCCUCCCCCCUCUCCUCUCCCUUGUCCUGUACCUCCCCCCUGCUGCUAGCCAGUCAGUCAUCACCACAUCCCAGGGCAGACUGAGGGGUCAGUUGACCCCCCUGCCCUCUGACCUGCUGGGCCCUGUGGUCCAGUACCUGGGGGUCCCCUACGCCCGUCCCCCCACCGGGGAGAGACGCUUCCAGCCCCCUGAGCCCCCCCUGUCCUGGCCGGGGGUGAGAAAUGCCACCCAGUUCUCCCCCGUUUGCCCCCAGCCUGUAGAGGAACAUAGGCUGCUGACAGAGAUGUUACCUCUCUGGUACUCUGCCAACCUGGACAUAGCCAGCGCAUACCUGGCACAGCAGAGUGAAGACUGUCUCUACCUCAAUAUAUACGUCCCUACUGAGGAAGGUAUGUAAUAUGUACAAACACAGACAUACGCAUGCACUGCAUCUACCUCUACUUAUAUUAUGCAUGUACCCACAUGUUUCUUUGCUAACUGCGAGAGCUGUUUAGCGCUCUGAAAAUAUGGCUUGUGUGUGUGUUUCCAGACAUCCAUGAUGAGGGCGGUCUGAGGCCGGUGAUGGUGUAUGUCCACGGAGGUUCCUACUCCGAGGGGAGCGGCAGCAUGAUGGACGGCAGUGUCCUGGCUAGCUAUGGAAACGUCAUCGUCAUCACAAUCAACUACAGGCUGGGAGUACUGGGUUAGUCACCUUCAUCAUCAUCAUCAUCACUGUCGUUGUCGUUAUCAUCAUCACUGUCGUUAGAUUCCGCCUAAUCACCUUUCUGUUACUCUUUCACUGGUUGAAAUGUCACCUUUCUGUGUUGCUACGGGGAAGCUAGCAGGCCGUACACAGCCAGAUGAAUCUCUCUUGUGUGUGUGUGUGUGUGUGUGUUUGUUUGCCUGGUUAGAGGGGAGCCAUCAGAUCUGUGUUUAUGGCUCACAGUAGGUGGAGUUCAAUUAAGCUUUUGAGAGAAGGAUGAGAGGAGAGAGAGAGGAGAAGUGGGGGUGAGAGAGUAAAGGAGAGGAGAGAGAGAAUAGAGGCAGGGUGAGAGGCAAGGAGGAGAAGGGAAUGAGAGAGAGGGUGAGGGAGGGGGGAGAGAGGAGGGGAGAGGAAAUUAUAUAAGGAAAGAGGGAGUGAGGGAGUGGAGGAGGAGGAAAAGAGGGGGAGGGGAGGAGGAGGAAAAGGGAGGAGGAAGGGUGGGGAUAGGAGGGCUGAAGUGAUCUGACAUAUGAUCAUUUAAAGUCACAUGUAUCUUGUGGCUCAGCCCUCAGUGACACCCACACGCUCCAGCUCAUCCUGUGUGUCUCAUGUCCCUAGUGUGGUGUGUGAAUUAGUGACACACUCAUUUUGCGUCUGUGUGUGUGCAUGUGUUCAGUGACACGCAGAUGUCCUGGUGUCCCAGGUCUACCCCAGGUCUGACUGAGGGUGGUGAGCCACGGUCACAUGACAUCAUUAGUCACCGAGUCCUCAGGGUUUGGCUACACUGCAAAACAUGUCUGUCAAUCUCACUAAGACUUUUCUUGUGUUUAGACAAUGAAUAUUGUCUACAGUAAGGGUUAGUGCACGACUGUAGCCACAUACUGGGUUAGCGUUAGGCUUAGGUUGUAACAGCAUACUGUAAUAAUUGUUAUUAUUGAUUUAUUAAAAUCAUUAAUGAGAGAUUGAUAAGUAUCUGCCGUAGUAGCCAAUCCCCAGUGAGCUUACUACAUGUAGUCCCAGAACUGUAAGGAAUCAAACCUAGUGUUUCCUUUUGAAGUAGUGUUUCCCUUUAGUUCCUAGCCAAUAUUUACAUCCUGCUGUUCAUAUCUUUGAUGAAAAGUAUUUUUAAAUAAGAUGUUCCUGUUUGAUGUCUUAUUUUAAAAUAUAUUUUUACUCUUGAUAUUUACUAGACUUUCCUUUUAUAUUUUUGUGUAUUUUGCAUGUGUUAUUUCUUCAGGUUUCCUCAGUACGGGCGACCAGGCAGCUAAAGGCAACUAUGGUCUGUUGGACCAGAUCCAGGCUCUGCGAUGGGUCAAGGAGAACAUUGCUGCAUUCAGCGGAGACCCAGACAGAGUCACUGUGUUUGGCUCUGGGGCUGGAGCCUCCUGUGUCAGCCUGCUAACUCUGUCCCACUACUCUGAGGGUAAGUAACCUCUAACCCCCGAACCCAACCUGUGAACCCUUACCCUUGACCUCUUAACUUCUGUCAGCCUGGUCACACUUUUCAAAGAGUCACCUCCAAUUCCUGACACAUAACCUCUGACCUCUAACCUCUGUCAGCAUGCUGUGUAUCAGAUCUGUUCCAGAAGGCGAUCAUCCAGAGUGGGACAGCCCUGUCCAGCUGGGCGGUCAACUACCAGCCAGGGAAGUAUGCAAGGCUGCUGGGGGACAAAGUGGGCUGCAACAUGGAGGACUCCUCAGAGCUGAUUGCCUGCCUGCAGGGGAAGACCUACCAGGAGCUGCUGGAACAGAACAUCACCCCAGCUAAAUACCACACCGCCUUCGGACCUGUCAUCGACGGUGAUGUCAUCCCUGAUGACCCCCAGAUACUCAUGGAGCAGGUGAGAAAAUAUAAAACACUCUAUGGUUUACAUACACUGAGUAUACCAAACAUUAAGAACACCUUCCUAAUACUGAGUUGCAUCUUGAUACACACGGGAAACUGUUGAGCAGCGUUGCAGUUCUUGACACAAACCGGUGCGCCUGGCACCUACUACCAUACCCCAUUCAAAGGCACUUAAAUCAUUUGUCUUGCUCAUUCCCCCUCUGAAUGGCACUCAUACACAAUCCAUGUCUCAAUUGUUUCAAGGCUUAAAAAUCCUUCUUAAACCUGUCUCCUCCACUUCAUCUAUACUGAUUGAAUUGGAUUUAACAAGUGACAUCAAUAAGGGAUCAUAGCUUUCACCUGGGUUCACCUGGUCAGUCUAUGUCUUGGAAAGAGCAGGUGUUUUUAAUGUUUUGUACACUCAGUGUAUAUUAUAUCUAUUACAAGUUAUAUGGUUUAUUAGAUUUAGAUUUAGAUUUCAUGUUGGGUUCUGAGAUGAGGGUUAAGGAUGCAUAAUAUUGUUAUUGACAACCCUGUUCUUCACCCACAGGGGGAGUUCCUCAACUAUGACAUUAUGCUGGGUGUGAACCAGGGGGAGGGGCUUCAGUUCGUUGACGGGAUAGUCAACAGUGAGGAUGGCGUCUCUGGCGACGAUUUUGACUUUGCCGUGUCAGACUUCGUGGACAGUCUCUACGGCUACCCGGAGGGGAAGGUAGGCUGUAGGAAAAUGUAUAUGCACAUCCAGUGUUUCUAUGCAGGUGCUGGAGGGCAAAGAAUAUGUUCAGCAAAAAGUAAAAAUAGACUCUGCAUACUGCAAUCCAUCUAUGCUCCCAUGAGCUUUAUUGACAAGGUCUUUUUUAACCUUGUUUUUAUCCUUGCGGUAGGACACGUUGAGAGAGAGCAUCAAGUUCAUGUACACAGACUGGGCCGACCGGGAGAACCCUGAAACCCGGCGGAAGACGCUAGUCGCUCUGUUCACUGAUCACCAGUGGGUGGCGCCGGCGGUGGCCACAGCAGACCUCCACGCCCAGUACGGAUCGCCAACAUACUUCUACUCCUUCUACCACCACUGUCAGAGUGACGUGUCGCCCGCCUGGGCUGACUCCGCCCACGGAGAUGAGGUGCCGUAUGUGUUCGGUCUGCCGCUGAUCGGACCCACGGACCUCUUCAAUUGUAACUUCUCUAAGAACGAUGUGAUGCUCAGCGCCGUGGUCAUGACAUACUGGACCAACUUCGCCAAGACAGGGUGAUACAAAUUUAUUGUCUAACUCCUUCGCUAAGAACCAUCUAUUACUUUCCUCUAAUGAAUGGUAAAGUAACCAUGGUUAACUUUUAAGAUAACUUUUCCUGACUGUGUUUUUUCUUCUCUGUCUCAGAGAUCCUAACCAGCCAGUGCCCCAGGACACCAAGUUCAUCCACACCAAACCCAACCGCUUUGAGGAGGUGGCCUGGGCCAAGUACACCCCCAAGGAACAGCUGUACCUGCACAUCGGCCUGAAGCCACGCGUCAGAGACCACUACAGGUAGAUCAGAUAAUCACAGACCAUUACAGACCACUACAGGUAGAUCAGAUAUUCACAGACCAUUACAGACCACUACAGGUAGAUCAGAUAAGCACAGACAGGUAGAUGCACAAAUCACUACAGGUAGACGUUUCCCUGCCUGCCUUUCCAAGAGAAACAGAUAUCUUGCUGCUGCCAUAUCUUGUUAAAUAAUGUAUAAUGAACCACUUUGCACUGUUAGCACUUCAUGCUAGCAGCACUUGCCACUUUCCCCUUCUGACUGUUUAAUGUAUAAUAACUAUAAUUUAUAAUUUAUGAUGUUAUCUUAUGUUAUUGUGUAUAUUUUGUCCGAUUCCUUUUUAAAUGUAUUUUUCCUUUUUAUGGAUGAUGAUUCUGCUGCAAAAUCUCCAGAGCCACCAAAACAGCGUUCUGGCUGCAGCUGGUGCCCCACCUCCACAACAUCAACGAGUUGCUGCAGUACGUAUCGUCUGCAACCCACAGCCCUCCCCAGGACACAACCCCUCACUCCUACACCAAACGGCUGUCUAAAGGCCUGGGCUUGGGGAGCACGCGCCACCCCAACCCCCCGGCCACGCCCCAGGCUCCAGCCCUGCAGGGGGAGGAGCUGCAGGUCCCCCACCCCGUCAUGGAGGACUACUCUACUGAGCUGAGCGUUACCAUCGCAGUGGGAGCCUCGCUCCUCUUCCUCAACAUCCUGGCCUUCGCCGCUCUGCUCUACAAGAAGGACAAGCGCAAGAUGGAACACCGCAGGCCACCACGCCCACCUCCACGCCAUGACAUCAUCAAUGCUGACAUCACACACCAGCUGCAGGGGGAGGGGCUUCUGAAGCAGCUGGAGGCUGAGGCUCUGCACCAACACAACACCCUGGAGAUACACGACACACACAACAUACACCACACGCUGGAGGCUCUGGACACGCUGGACACACAGGACAUCUACAACACUCUGGACACCCUGCGACUGACCUGUCCACCUGACUACACCCUGACCCUGAGACGCUCCCCUGACGACGUGCCCCUGAUGACUCCCAGGUCCCUGCCCAUGACCCCUGGCUCUCACCCCGCCACCCCCAUGACCCCCAUGACACCUGGCUCUGUUGUGGGGGUGCAACCCAUGCAGGGCUUUAGUCCUUACAGUAACACACACCUGCCCCAUACACACACGCACACACACCCCAACACACACACACACUCCACCACACGCGUAUAA